AUGGCGGCUAUUUUCUUUGUCAGUCAAAAUAUAUUAAGGACCUUCUUAGUCGUUCCAAUUUACUAUCGUCCAAGCCAGUUUCAAACACCUAUUUCUCUCAAAUUAUCUCUACAUUCAAAUGACUCUCCUUCAUUUUCUGAUCCAACUCUUUAUAGUAGUCUUGUUGGUGGUCUUCAAUACCUAACGUUCACUCGCCCCGACAUUGCUUUCGCGGUUAAUCAAGUUUCUCAGUUUAUGCAUUCUCCCCUAGAUAUUCACUAUACUGCGGUAAAACAAAUUUUACGCUACUUGCACGGAACUUUGAAUCAUGGUUUAUUUGUUGCUGGUGGUUCUCUUGGCAGUUUGCAAUGUUAUACUGAUGCGGAUUGGGCCGGUUGUCCUACUACUCGCCGUUCUACUUCGGCAUAUUCAAAUGUUGUUCUCCGAUCAAGUGCUGAAGCUGAAUAUAGAUCAGUUGCUCAUGCUGCAGCUGAACUCACUUGCACUAUUUAUUUGGCUCACAAUCCUGUCCAACAUGCUCGCACCAAGCAUAUUGAAAUUGAUGUUCAUUUUGUCCGUGAAAAGGUUGCAUCAGGUACUCUCCAAGUUCAAUAUGUUCCAAGUCAAGAUCAACUUGCUGAUUUGUUAACCAAAGCAGUUCCUUCUCCGCGAUUGUUAUAUCUACGUGACAAGCUCUAUGUUCUUUCCGAUCAUGCAUCGCUUGAGGGGGAGUAA